CACUCGAGACCGGAUUUCUAGGCACUUGUGUUUUCAGAAAAAGUUUCUAAAAAAAAAUCUGUGUAGGAGCUCAAAGCGAUAGAAGUUCGAUGUUUGUGUAACCAGUGCCUCGCGUUCGUCAGUCUCUUCGAACUCAUCCAGCGGAGUGUCAACAGAUUCCAUUAGUUCCACGAUACCGCACAAUAUGUAUUGGACGGUUCACACGUCCGGUGGUCCUAAACUGGUCAGCAACGCAGCGGUCGUGAUUGGCACGAGCAUUUUUACGUUUGGUGGUUACUGCGUCGAUGUAGACCACACAAAAUUCAAGCCGAUCGACAUACAUAUACUAGACACUGAAAAAUUGAAAUGGUGGAAACCGGAGCUAAAUAAUCAAGACUGCUCAUGUGUACCGUUCAUGAGGUAUGGCCACACAGCAAUUAAUCUUGGAUCUAAUAUUUAUCUGUGGGGCGGAUUUAAUGGUAAUAGAGCUUGUAACACUCUGUACUGUUUUAACACAGAAACUCUAAAAUGGACAACACCAAAUGUAUUUGGACAUAAACCAGAGCCGAGAGAUGGUCAUUCCGCAUGUAUCAUUCAAAAUUGCAUGUACAUAUUUGGCGGAUAUGAAGAAGGCUCGGGUCUGUUCGCUUCGGAUUUGUAUAUGUUAAAAUUGCACUCCAUGGAAUGGAGUAUAGUUAAGACAGAGGGACGUCCUCCAUCUUAUAGAGAUUAUCAUACUGCAACUGCUAUUGAUAAUAAAAUGUAUAUAUUUGGUGGCCGCAGUGAUUGGGCAGCUUCAAGGCAAAUCGAUACAGAUACAUAUUGUUCCGAUAUUUAUUAUUUAGAUACCUCUAGAGGAAAGUGGAUACGUCCAAACGUCUAUGGUAGUAAACCCAUAGCACGGCGUAGCCAUUCUGCAUUUGUGAAAGAUGGCUUUUUUUACAUCUUCGGUGGGUUUAACAAGAACAAGGACUUGCAUUUUCAAGACAUACAUCGAUAUGAUCCAGUGAGUUCCACCUGGAUGAAAAUAUUACCGAAGGGCACGCCACCGUGUGCUAGAAGAAGACAGAUUUGUCAAUUAGUUAAUGACAGGAUAUUUAUAGCUGGUGGUAUUAGUCCGAUAUUUCCCAAACCAGUAACAAUUAUGGAUCAGUAUGUACAAUUUAAUGCAAAUCUUAAGGAACAUGAUGACCUUCAUAUUUUAGAUCUGAAGCCCAGUCUAAAAGAUAUGUGUAUGGUGAAUGUGUGGGAAAAUAUGGAAGAAAAGAAAAUUGAUAAUAUCAACGACCUACACAUUCCGUUAUCAUUAAAGCAUGAUAUGGCUGCCUUUCAUCCUUUUGAAAUAAUGGAAACCAAUAUCGACAUGAUGCAGUCUUCUGAGGAAAAUUUGAUUGUUCUUUUGUCGUAACUGUCUUAUAAGAUGACAAAUAUUUCCAUCAUAACACAGCAAAAAAUAACAUAUAUUAGU